AUGGACGUAUAUGUCCAGAUCACGGGCCUGGACUCAGGGAAAACGCGUGGAGUCAAGGCGCUGCUCAAUAGUGGCUGCAGUACCUGCUGCAUCGACACCGACUACGCACGGGCAGAAAAGCUGGAUAUCCAAGAGCUUCCGCAACCCAUUGUGGCUCGUAACGCCGACAACACCGAGAACAUCAGCGGUCGGAUCACACACUACGUCGACUUGAGAAUGAGAAUCGGCCCUCAUGUGGAGACACGCACGUUCCUUCUGACGUGUCUGGGAAAAGCCCGGAUCUUCAUCGGCCUGGAUUGGCUGACGGAACACAACCCCGAGGUGGAUUGGCAGGAGCAGACAAUGAGAUUCAGCCGAUGCCCAGAGCAAUGUCAAAUGAGGGGUCACGAGGAGCACCAAGCGAUGAUCGACAUGGAUGCAAUUGACCUGGACGCGGGUGCACCGGAUCUGGAAGAGGGAGAAUCGAUCUUGUUGAUCGACUUUGGAAAGGAGGUAGACCUACGGCUGAAGGAAACGCCGGCGCAGAAAUUCGCAGAAGAAGCGGAAAAGGAGAAGGAGAGAAUGACCGAGGGAAAGAUUCCAGAUCAAUACCGAGAAUUCGUCAAAGUAUUCGCCAAGGAAUCAUUCGACUCGCUACCGGACCGACGGGCAUGGGAUCAUGUGAUCGAGCUCAAACCAGGCUCCAAAGCAGUGGACUGCAAGGUGUACCCCUUAUCGAGAAACGAGCAGGUCAAACUCGACGAGUUCUUACAAGAGAACCUAGCCAGCGGACGAAUCAGGCCAUCAAAAUCACCCAUGGCAUCGGCAUUCUUCUUUGUCAAGAAGAAGGAUGGCUCGCUACGGCCUGUUCAAGAUUACCGGAAGCUGAAUGAGAUGACAAUCCGAAAUCGGUACCCGCUACCGCUGAUUUCCGAACUGGUCCACAACCUGUGCGGCGCCAAGUUCUUCACCAAGCUAGACAUCCGGUGGGGAUACAACAACGUACGGAUCAAAGAGGGCGAUGAGUGGAAGGCUGCGUUUCGCACAAACCGCGGACUUUACGAGCCCUUGGUUAUGUUCUUUGGUCUCACAAAUUCCCCGGCAACUUUCCAAAACAUGAUGAACGACAUACUCCAGGAACUGAUCAACGAGGGACAUGUGGUAGUUUAUCUGGACGACAUACUAAUCUUCACAGAAAAUCUGGAUGAACAUCGACGAAUCACCAAACGGGUACUCGAGUUGCUCCAAAAGCACAAAUUAUACCUGAAGCCAGAAAAGUGCGAGUUCGAACGCACGGAAAUCGAAUACCUGGGUGUAAUCAUUGGACACAACUCGAUGCGGAUGGACCCUGUCAAGAUCAAGGGCGUGAUGGAAUGGCCGGAACCAAAGAGCGUCAAACAAGUCCAAGCCUUCCUCGGAUUCACAAACUUCUAUCGACGUUUCGUUCGGGGAUAUGCGGAGGUCGCCAAGCCGUUGACGCGGCUGACAGGGAAGGCAGGAUGGUCAUGGGGUCCGGAUGAACAUGCGGCGUUUGAUGGGUUAAAGAAGAGAAUCGCGGAGGAUGCCGUCUUAGCACUGCCAAAUGACACUGGCCAAUAUCGUCUGGAAGCCGAUGCUUCGGAAGGGGCAACAGGAUCAGUUUUGAGCCAAAACCAAGACGGCAUUUGGCGCCCAAUCGCAUUUAUUUCGCACGCAUUGACCGAAACCGAGCGAAAUUAUGAGAUCUACGACAAGGAGAUGCUCGCAAUCAUGUUAUCACUUGACGAAUGGAGGCAGUUGCUCCUGGGAGCCACGGAAACGUUCGAGAUCUUCACCGAUCAUCAGAAUCUCGAGUACUUUCGGAAGCCGCAGAAGCUCAAUCGACGGCAAGCACGAUGGAUCACGGAGUUGGCGGAGUUCGAUUUCACCUUACGACACCGACCCGGCGCACUCAACCGCAAGGCGGACCUCCUGUCCCGACGAGCAGAUCACGAUCAGGGCAAGAACGACAACAAGGACGUCACGCUACUGAAGCCCGAGUUCUUCCGAUCACAAGAAGUCACAUUCGAGGGACAGGAUCAGCAGCUAAUCGAUGAAAUCAAGGCCAUUCGAUCAAUUGAUGGAAGCGUCAAGGCGGCCGUAGAGAAGUCACUCGUCGGAUGGAAGAAGGAAGAGGGGCUUUUCACGUACCAUGGGAAGCUCUACGUACCAAGAGACGAGGAGUUGCGGGACAAAAUCAUCGGACUACACCACGACACCCUUUGGUCGGACACGCCGGGAUCAACCGAACACAGGAGAUGGUGGAAAGAAACUACUGGUGGCCCAGGAUGGGAAACCAAAUUCGGAAAUACAUCCAGACGUGCGAAGCGUGCCAGCGGACCAAGACCAGAAGAGCCAGGACAGGGAGUUUGCACCCGCAUGCAGUUCCAAACGCGCCGUGGGAAAUCAUCUCCAUGGAUCAGAUCGGACCCCUGCCGGUCAGUAACGGGUAUGACGCAAUUCAUGUGUGGUGUGACACCUUCACCAAAAUGA